GGUCAAAUCAAAUAAAUGUCAAAGUAGACAAAAAUAAAUAGAAAAGGUUCCCAAAAAAAUACAAAAAUUAAAAAAUUCUUAAUAAUACGAUCAGAAUUUCCACGAAUAUCAGUCCACAAAAAUUGAAAAAAAUAAAUUCGCUCAUUUUCUAUUGGAGAUUGGAGUGAAAAUCAGUUAUCGUCUGAGUACUCCCUAAGAGGCAAAAAAUGGCUUUAAUGUUAGCAAGCAGAAUCUGCAGGGCUCCUGUAAUCCAACAGAGCCUGGUCAAGAAGCUGCCAACUCGUGCUGCUAUUAGAAGCUACACUAACGAAGGACGAGAUGCAGUUGCAAGAGAAGCUAGACGCAGGGCAACUCUCAAGGAGAAAGCUAUGUCCCCUGCUACACCAACAGCAUUCAAUCUUGGUCGUGGAGCAGUUGCUGGUGCUUCCGUUGUUGGUAUGGGCGCACUUGCUUAUUAUGGACUUUCAUCAGGUACCGGUGCAAGUGCCUUGGAACAAUCACACUUAUGGCCACAAUACGUUAGAGACCGCAUCAAGGCAACUUACCUUUACUUCGGCAGUUCAAUCGUUGUCACUGCUGCUAGUGCCGCUGCAGCUUUUCGAUCACCAGCCGUGAUGAAUCUUGUUGCCAGAAACGGAUUUAUUGGUAUUGGAAUAAGUCUUGCUGCUAUCAUUGGCACUGGAAUGCUGGCUCAAGGAAUUGAGUACUCACCAGGCUUCGGACCAAAACAAAUGGCAUGGUUGCUCCAUGCCUCUGUCAUGGGAGCCAUGAUUGCACCGCUUUGCUUUCUAGGCGGACCUAUUUUGAUAAGAGCUGCCUGGUAUACUGCUGGAGUAGUUGGUGGACUUAGCACUGUUGCAGUUUGUGCUCCAAAUGACAAAUUCGUCUACAUGGGUGGUCCCCUUGCUAUGGGAUUGGGUGUUGUUUUCUGUAGCUCUCUCGGAUCAAUGUUCUUGCCACCUACCACAGCAUUAGGUGCUGGUUUAUACUCUGUGUCCCUUUAUGGAGGCCUUUUGCUAUUCUCGGCCUUUUUGCUCUAUGACACCCAAAGGAUAAUUUUGCAGGCCGAAAGAUACCCUGCCAAUCCAGAAGCUCAAGGAGUGAAGCCUUAUGAUCCAAUUAAUAGAUCUAUUUCAAUUUACUUGGAUUCUCUAAACAUUUUCAUCAGAAUUGCUACUAUGCUUGCAACAGGCAGUGGUCAAAGCAAAAGGAGUUCUUAAAUCUACAAUUUUAAUUUAAGAUGUACUGUUUAAUUUUAGCGCAAUUGGAAUUUAUUUGGACGUAUUAAAUAUAUUUAUUAGAAUAGCAAUGAUGUUGAGUAUGGGAGACGGCAGAGCUGGCAGAAGGUAGAAUCGAGCAGCUCAAGUUUUAUAGAUAAAUGGAUUUAUAUGGGAAAAAUCCUUUGUGAAAGGUUUUGAUUUGAUUAUAUAUUGUGCUUAUUUUUGUGCAAUAUUUUAUUUUUAAAUUUGCUUCCUACUUCCUAAUAUCUAAGAAAAAAUGAGGACUUUAAUUUUUUUAUUUAUUUUUUCAAUUCAAUUUGGUGGAGACAAUGCAAAGCAAUUUUCAUAUAAGUAUCUAAAUGUUCCUUUUUGAGAGUGAUAAAAUUAUAAAUUCCAUCCUUGUUUUUAAAAUAGCGAGAAUUUCUCUGGAAGUACUUCGCUAAAAAGAUGUUUGCAGCUUGGCAUUUUUUGUUUUAAUUUUUCUUUUUUUUUCUUUUAGUGCAAUCUCAAUAUAUUUGGACACAUUAAACAUCUUUAUCAGGAUUGCUACUAUGUUAGCAAUGGGAGGCAACAGAAAAAAGUAAAUGUUUUGACAUUCUAUUUAAAUUUAUUUGAAUUAUUUUUUAAUUAAUAAAUAAUCAAUGCUUAUGUUGUUAAUUUUUAUUGCUUUAACGUAACAUUUUUUUUUUUUGUAUUUUAUUUAGUUUUUAAAUUAUAUAGAAAACGGCAAAUGGUGGGGUUUUCUAGAUGUAUACCUGUCGAAUGUAAAUAGUAAAAGCUAAGCUAGGUUAGAAUUUGUACUGGCAAUUUGUGAUUUAUAAGAUUAUGUAAUAUAAUAAAGGAGUUGUUACGUAAAUAAAGAAACUUUUGCUUCUAAGAA